CCUUGUCCGUUGGUAUGUGAUAUCUAAACCACUCAAACUCGUGCAAGGGAAACUAGUAAGUCAUAUAUAAGACAACAGGAUGAGUUGAAAGUGCAUCAGUGAACUAGUUUGCUUCAUCACCUCCACAACUCCUCAACCAAUAUGUUGGCACUCACUUGUGUGCUUCUGCUGAGCUCCGGAGUUCUGGCUCAAGAGAACUUCCAGUAUCGAUACCAACCCAAGGAAGGAGAGUUCAACUACCAAUUCCAACAAAACCCCGAGCUUUUGGCCCUGGAACCCCCUCAGAUUCAGGCCUCUGCCGACAAUGCUGCCCAAGCUACCCUCAAAGUGGCUGAGCUUUUGAAGAAAGUCGACCUGAAGGAACUGGCUGAGCUUUUUGGCGCCGAUCCCAGUGCCAUUCCCGACAACAACUUUGCCGCUGUCAUUAGCCAAAUUGAAGGCUCGGCCAAUUUGAUCCAACGAGGUGCUCCAGCUCUCUCCAACAUUAUCGAAAAGGUCAAGGCCCGAUUCCCCACCCCCGAGGCACCCGUGGCACCCGUUCCUGAGGCUGCUCAACGACAAUUUGCUCCCGUUCCCGCCCAACAAUACCAGCAACAACAACAACAACAACAAUUUGCCCCUGUUUACGGUUAUCAACAACAACAGCCACAACAGCAAGCUCAACAACCCUACCUAUACUAUGGCUUUAGACAAGCCUAAAUUGCCUUGAGGGCCAGUCGCCGCCAUUCCAAUGAUCCUCAAAAUCAAUCAAAAGUUCAGUCAGUUCGUUCAUGUUGAAAUAUAUUGUCAGGUUUUUAAAGUCAA